AUGUCUUCUUCAAGACUUCUAGACCUUCCGCCGGAGCUACGUAACCAGAUCUACGACCUCGUCUUCGCAUACCAAAAGCAAAUUUACUGGCAGCGCAUCGGUCUCUGCCGCCCGACGCCGCCUUCACAUCAGCUUGCCCUCACCUGCCGACAGAUCUACGCUGAGGCCUACAAGGUCUGGGAGCGAGCGAAUCAGACGUACUGGAGCAGCCUAACGUUCCAAUUGACAGCAUGGAACGAACACCAACUGGACAACGCCAUGAACUUCAUCUUGAAACUCAAGGAGUCCGACCUCCGUCACGUCAAGCAAUUUGAGCUCAUUCUCAGAUGUGUGGGCCCUCCUCAGUUGACUGGGUGGCACUACGUCUUUUCGAUGGCAGACACGCGAGGGCUGUGGAAGUACACUCUGGCGCCGGACCGACUGCCAAGCAACCCUCACCCAGUCCGGGUUGAGUUAUAUUUCUCGUGGCACGAGCAUGACUCUCCGAUAGGCUAUCAAUUAACCAUGUGCAGGCGUGGCUGCACAAAGAGCGAGGCCAUGGCAGAGUGCGGGUUCAUACCACCGAAGGGCGUGGCGUACCAGAUUCGUCAUGUUGUGCGGAAAUGCAGGACCUUCUACGACCGGACCACGUAA